CGGUUCAGUAUACCAAACCCUUCUUCCUUCCGAGGCGGACACCGAUGGAGAUUAUGGAGACAGGAGUGUCGAACCUCAACGAAGUAUUCCUUCUUUGAGUCAGGAGAGAAAUAGAUAGAGAGAGAGAGAGAGAGAGGGAGGAUAAGGGUUAGAGAAGAGAUGAGGUCUUCGAUCAAUCGUCCCCCGACGCCGGACGCCAAUGAAGAACCCGAGAAGGAACCCACCCUUCAAGAAAUCAUCAACAUCAAGUUGAUCGAGAGUGGGGAGAAGGAGAAAUUGAUGGAGCUUUUGAGAGAGCGUCUCAUAGAGUGCGGCUGGAGGGACGAAAUGAAAGCUAUUUGCAGGGCUUAUGCUAGGAAGAAAGGAAGAAAUAAUGUCACAGUGGAUGAUCUUAUCCAUGUUGUCACUCCAAAAGGAAGAGCAUCAGUCCCCGAUUCGGUGAAGGCUGAGCUGUUGCAGCGCAUUCGGUCCUUUCUCACAUCAGCUGCAAUUUGAUACUUGUUAAACAGUGAAAAGGGAUCAAGGUGUUGUGGUUGCUUCAGCUUCCUUUGCAAUCUCUCUUCAUAUUACUGUGAUACUGCUUCCAUAAACCUGGACCAUGCUUGAUGGCUGGCAAUCCAAUAAUUUGAGGACCUGGCUUAAGCAUCCGAGCUGGAUGCGCACAUCCUUCGUUUUUAUGGUGACAGCUUGCAUUUAAAUUUCAGACAAGAGUUUGGUAUGGUGAAUCAAAAUGUUGGAGGGAGCCCUUGUGUAUGGCUUUGGGUCUUGGUCGCUGAGAAUUAGAAGUUAUGUACAGAACAUUCUUUCGUAUUGUUUGGCAAUGGGAGGAAAGAACAUGCAAAACAAGGGGAUACUUUAGGAUGACAUCUUUCUUGCAGGUCUAAACUCUUAAAACUGUUUCUUCUUAAUCUUUUUUAAUAACAAUAUUCAGUGGUACCAUUUAUAAUGGACAAACUGGCUCUGGUUUUCCAUGUUAGAAUUGGUUCUGGUUUUAAAUGCGUCUGAUAACCAAAAUUCAAGUCUUGAGGAUUUAGGGUACUCUGAUUUUUCACCCAGAAUGGAUCUGAACUCCACUAGGUGCCUGUUUCGAUGCCAAGCAGAUCCUUGGAGUAAUCCAAUAUAUGGCAGGCACUGAGAACAGGUUAUCGGUGGCAAACUUAUGAGUCAUGAAGAAAGAUAAAUACCAUGAAUGUGUUCAAAGGAAUGUACAAUCCCUAUUCUUUGUGCGAUCUUGUACCUCCAACAUCUCAUCUGUUAAAUUUCUGUUCUUCAUAGAACUUCCUAUUAUUUUGGAAUUGUGCAAUCUUGGAGCUCUCCCCUCUGAUUGCACCUUUGCUGUUCCUAGAUAAUAGAGAUUAUAUAUCCUUUCUUUAAGGGCCUGGCUGGUUCCAGGAACAGAUUAUCCUUGGAUAACUUAUGACCUUAAAUUACUGAUCUAAGAGGGGGGAGGAAAGCAGUUCCGCAGGGGCCUUCAAUGGACUGUACAAUCCAAAUAAGUGUGGUGCUUUUUUUUUUUUCUUCUUAUUAUCCUGGUGAUUUUCCGUAUCCUGAUCGUCUUCUGUUCUUCAAUUUCCUGAGGAUCAUUUGCUCUGAUCGUUAACUACCAUAUAUAGGAGAAUCUCAUGGAUAGUUUUUACCUGCAUCCAGACCAAGAUUAUUUGUUCCACGAACGCUCCCAUGAUUGAAAUUUUCACUCAUGGCAGCCUAUAUAAGGGAGAUGCAAUCCAUUCCAGCAGCAAAACAGGCCCCUAAAUAUCUUUCAUUUCGCGGCAAGCAUUAACGCAUGUAGCGUGUGAACUAAUUGUAAUAGUGAAAAGAAUCUGUUUCCUCCAUGGACGUUUCAUUGUUCCGAUUUCGGGACAAGCUAACAGGUAAUUUAUGGUGGUGAUCGACGAUGAGAGAACAUUAUGAGUAAUCGCUGGUUUAGCUCACGUUAAUGGCAUCGGUCAAUAGGCUCACAAAAGGCCAUCAAGCGGUCUGCGGAAAGGACCCAACUCUUGGCAUAUCAAAACCGAUUUACCCAUGAAAAAGUGGAAACUUAUUUGUCCUGAGCAGGACCUUUGUUGGGGGGCGCUCCAUCUCCGACAACAUGCUCAUUGCUUAGAAAUUUAUGUCUGACCUCUAGAGAGUGCUAGGGCGCAAAUGUUGGAUGGGCAUCAAACUUGAUAUGAAAAGAGCCUACGAUAGGAUGGGGUAGGACUUCGUGACUCACUACUUAGAGGGAUUUGGCUUUCACCUAUGGUCUAGAGCUGCCUUCUGAUCCCGUCCUUUGUCUUGUUGGUAAAUGGAUCCCCCUUACAGUUCUUCGGGUCAGUGGUCGGUUUGAGGCAGGGUUGCCCCCUGUCACCUUUUUUAUUCAUUAUAUAUGCAGAUUCUUUGUCUAGAGCCCUUCAGCAGGCAUCUGUGGCAUAGGAGGUGAAGGCUUACAGUCUAGCGUGGAUUCAGCUCAAUUAUCUCACCUGUUAUUUGCUAAUGAUUGUUUGUUGUUGGCCCGUGCGACGAGGAGAUCGGUCAUGGCCAUCUGCAAGAUCUUGGGGGUGUACUGUGCGGUGUCUGGCCAGCAGGUCAAUCUAGCGAAGUCAGCCAUCAACUUCAGCCCGAAGACCAACCUAGGGACGAAGGCUUCUAUCAUGAGUAUUCUAGAGAUCGGCGAGCAGGAGGGGACCCUUAGGUACCUCAGGCAAUCACUGGACGACGCCUGCGGAGGGGAGAGUGUACCACCGUAGAGGUAGGCAUCAGGCACAGACUAGAGGGAUGGCAAGCGGUCGCACUAUCCAUGAUGGGUAAAGUCACUCUAGUACGGUAAGUUCUGAGCUCUAUUCCCAUUUACUUGUUGUCCAACACCUUGGUGCCCCUUGCAGUACUGCGAUGCAUUGAGAGAUUGUUCAUGAGCUUCAUCUGGGGGAGGCGUGGGGAUAGGGAUGGUGUUUACCUACUGGCCUGGGAGACUCUGUCACCCGACCUGCAAUGGAGGAUUGGGAGUCCAUUCUCUGAUUGAGCGCCAGGUGGUUUUGGCGAACAAGCUGGUAGCCAGGUAUUUUCUAGAGCUAGAGAGUCUCUGGGGUGCUGUGGUGAGGGCAAAGUAUGGGGAUUCAGCUGACCCAUCAGUCAUCCGCAUCAGACAAGGCUGCUCAUUCAUAUGGCAAGAGAUCUACGCCACAGCCCGGAUUGUGUCCCCGAUGAUCAGAUGGGAGAUUGGGGACGGACAGUCUAUCGACAUCCUGAAGGACAGGUGGUUAUCCGAGGUUCCCCAAUGGGGUUGGCCUACCCUGAUUGAUCAUAGCUGGCUGGAGGGACGCAAAGUAUGUGAUCUUUUCACCCCGAGGGAGCGGAGAUGGGAUGAGGAUCUUGUUAGGCGGGUGUUUGGGAUGCAGCUCGCGGAGCAGGUCUUGUCUCUGUCAAUUCCUAUAGGUGAGACAGUGGACCGACGAGUAUAGAGUAUAACUAGGAGGUCGGUGGUGCGAGCUCGGGACUUAUCUGGAUUGGUCGGGAGGUCCUCAGCUCGGCAGAUUGAUGGGAGUUGGAUCUGGAGGAUGCACAUCCAUCCCUAUGUAGCACUAUUCCUUUGGAGGGUGGCCUAGAGGUGUCUGCCCACUAAAGGUGUAUUGGCGAGGUGAGGAGUGAGGAUCCUGUCGGCUUGCCCGGUCUGCCCGGAGAUGGAGUCCAUAUACCGUGUUAAUAAAGUGCCCGCGGCCCAGUCAUAUCCCAAUCAUGUCUGGGAGUGUGCUGUAGCUGAUCCCGACUAGCGACAGAGGUGGAUGUCAAUCGAGGAUCUGCUGCACUUCCUAGCGGCCUCCCUGCGGGGACCUAGUCUUUUGGAGAGGGGGACGCAGGCUACCUACGUAGCCAACCACUGUUGGCUGGAUAGGAAUAUCCAGAUCUUCGAGAGCGGCAGUGCUCCUCUGAGGGUGGUGGUGAACAAAGCUUUACUACAAGCGGCGGAGAUUCUCGGCACUACUGCGGUAUCACCUUCUUGGAUGGCUGGAAAAAUCUGGAGCCUCUAUUCUGCUCUUGCAGUGUUCAAGAUUGUGCUCGUCUUCUGGGUGCCCCCACCACCUGAUUAUCUCAAGGUGAAUUUUGAUGGCAGUAUUAGUGACGGCAAAAGCUGAGGCGACGUGGGUUUCAUCAUCAAAGACUAUGGGGCCAGACUGGUGGCGGCCGAAGGUCAGCGCAUCUUCGACAUAACUACUGUCUGUGCCGAGCUUAGAGCUGUUUAGAAGGACAUUACCUUUACGAGGUGCAUCCUAGAUGCAGAUUGUUUCUCCUCGAGAAUGACUCGGCAAUGGUGAUUGAGUGAAUCCGAAGUCGGAGAGGCAUUGCGGAGGGAAGGCUACUGCGCUACGACAUCCACAGACUCCUAAAGGAAUGUAGCUCCUACAUGGCCACACAUGUCUACAAAAAGGCAAAGACACGAGGUUGCUUUCUUUGAUGCUCACCACUCUGGUGGCUUUGUAUAAGAAAAUCAAGGCUCUCUAUUGGAGCUCUUUAGUAAGCUAUUGUUUUCUGAUUUUAUUGGCGGCAUUCAUAUUGUUGCGUAUGAGCUGCCGUUGUACCAAAAAAAAAAAAAAGGAAAAAAAAAACACCAGUUGGGGCCUUCAUACAGCACCCCCCUCAACGGAAUCAGCUACAGUCAAGGGGUGGGCUUUAUGAUUCAAGGGGACAAUGAGACUCAACAUUACAUACAAAAUGACAUCUAUUACACAAUCUAAAUUUUCUCGGUCAAUCAAACAAUAUUAUUAAAUGCAAAAUCUUUCCGAUGAUAAAAUUAAGCGGUAGUGUGGUUCCUACAGCAUCCACUGAAAUAUUUCACUCUCCAAUUCCUCCUGUAAAAAUGUAACGCUCUAUAGUAUAAUAUUCAAGCAACAGCAAACUAAAUAUUGCUUGUAACUGGCCCGCCUAUAAAAA